UUUACUGGCCGUAUUGACCCAGCCACUGACCACCACUUCCUUCUUUCUCUUUCUUACUCGCCGACAGCAAUGAGCGACAAUACUCUCACGACCCCUCAGGAUGAUGCCGAGCGUAUUCGCCUGAAGAGGCUGGCACGGUUGCAGAAUACAGCGAGCUCGGCCCCAAGUACACCGGGCUCUACGCCUACUCCUUCUACAUCGGCUGCUGCGUCGACAAGUUCAACGCCAGUUGCUUCUCCGUCGAAGCCUUCUACACCGUCACGCCCAGCAACAACGAAGAAAGCAAUCUUCCAAACACCUCCCCCAGCAGCGCCUUCUCCUGUACCGAUCAAGAAAAAAGCCCCCGCAAGCUUCAGCGUUGACGCAUGGACUCACGAGACUGUUGCACAUAUUCUUAAAGUCACGUUGGAGAAAUCGGUGGCGGAACAGAGUGGUUACGAAAUUGUAUGGCUCAAACAAUUGGCAGAGGAGAUAGAGGCAGAUGGGAUAAAUGCGCAGAAACUCGAUGAAAACUUGGUUGACAGACUCCUCAUAGCGAGACUAGAGAUGGACCCCCAGCAAAUGAGUGAUGACCUGGAAUACAUGCCUGUGCUUGUCAGUUUGCCUCCGCAACAAACUGUAUUCGAGUAUCUAGUUGGUUGUUGGAAAAGACUUAAUGCCUCUCGGAGUGCUUUGAUCAAGAAGGGUUACACACCUGUCGAUACACAGAAUGCUCUGAACAAACUGGAGAAAAUUCGAGACCUCAUCAUCAGUUAUGCUGGUCUGACAUUACAGGAACCAGAGAUGUUUCCUCAGCCAUCCGGCCGCCCUCUUGGUGCACCAGAACUGGUUUCCCCUCUGUUGUCCCUCUCGGCUUUGUCAGCACCGCUUCUUUCAGGACCUGUAUCGUCAUCAAACACGCUCGGCCCAUCGGAUAUAGAGCAAUUCUUACAGGAUUUGGCGCGUCGUUUCGAGCCAGACAAUGAAAUCGAUGGCGUUCUCGGGCCUGUUGUCCAGCAGCUUCUUUUUCACGCUUCGCUGUUCCGACCGGAAGGUCUUGGUGGUGGAGAUGCUAGCUGGCGAGGUGUUGUCAGCGGACUGGAAGCACUUGUGUCAGUUAAAGCCAUCGCGAACAUGAUCACAAGAAUGGAAGAGUGGAAUCCUCCGUCAGCGACUGCUGCCACGUUUGAGACUACAUCUUUGAUGGGUCCAUUAUGCCGGUUGGGUGUUUUCUCGAGAGAAUGGCCGGGCAUCUCGCAAAGUUAUUUCUCCGAUCCGGAGAAACGGUCGAAGGACGAUAUUGAAUCAUCUUAUGCUAGUCUGCGAGGGACACUGAAGAGCCUUCAGUCGUCGCUUUUCCAAAUAUUUAAUACACUCGUCAGAGCCUCCGCGCAGUCGAGGGAAGCUGUGUUGAAUUAUUUUGCCAGAGUUAUCGCUCUCAAUGUGAAGAGGGCUGGAAUGCAGGUUGAUCCUACCACUGUAGCCAGCGACAGCUUCAUGGUAAAUUUACAGACGAUCCUCCUUCGAUUCGCCGAACCUUUCAUGGACGCCAACUACACUAAGAUGGACCGUAUUGAUUCACUAUACUAUGCGCACUCGACCCGGAUUGACUUGCAGGAAGAAACUCGGAUCAAAGCUACCAGCAAUGAAGCCAACGAAUGGGUCGAGCAGAAUAAGGUUCCCAAUGCUCCUCCUCCUAACUUUAUUUCUGACAUUUUCUAUCUUGCCAUCGCAAUGAGCCAUUACGGAUAUCAACGAACGAUACAGUCGUACACAGGACUAGGCAAGAACAUCGAAGAUAUGCAGCGUCAUCUGGAUUACCUAAAUGGUGAUGGAUCAAGGAUGGGGGGUCCCUUACAGGCCCGGCGUGAAGCCGCCAUCAAUGCAGUCAAGAAUGAAAUUGCAAAAAUCCGGGCGUCCGAGUUUGCGUAUCAAGCGCAACUGUUGGAUCCAGAACUUGUUAUACGGACCCUGGGAUUCACCAACUUUUUGUCGACGUGGUUGGUUCGUCAGGCGGACCCUAAGAGAUCACAUCCAAACCCGCAAAUAGAAUUGCCUCUGCCAAAGGAUGUUCCCAUGUCUUUCAGGGUGCUUCCGGAGUAUAUCGUCGAAGAUAUUGUCGAGUACUUCCUAUUCGCUGUACAAUACUCUCCUGACAAGUUUGACUUGUCGGGAAAGACCGAGCUACUCAUCUUUGUUCUGACCUUCCUUUCUUCAACGUGGUACAUCAAGAACCCGUUCUUAAAGUCCAAAAUAAACGAUGUCCUUUUCAUAGGCAUCUGGAACUUUGGUCGAGAACGAGACGGUGUUCUUGGAUUCCUUUUGAACACACAUCCGCUGGCGUUGAAGCAUCUCAUGUCGUCCUUGAUGCAUUUCUACAUCGAGGUUGAACAAACCGGAGCCAGUUCACAGUUUUAUGAUAAAUUCAGUGAGAGGAAUAUAGCCUCAAUCUUGAAGGUGGUCUGGAACAACCCCGUUCACAGAGAGGCUUUAAAUACGGAAGCAAAGAACGUUGACAAAUUCGUCCGUUUCGUCAACCUAAUGAUCAAUGACGUUACAUACCUUAUGGACGAGUCGUUAUCGGAGCUAACCCAAAUUCACAAUAUCCAAGUCGAGAUGGACGAUCCAGCAUGGAAUACUGCAGACGCAAGAGCAUCGCCCUUAAGCAGGGCAACCGUGGAACUUCUAAAAGUCUUCACGGCUGAGACGAAAACGCCGUUUAUGAUGCCUGAAAUUGUUGAUCGUUUAGGCAGCGAUCUGAAGGUUCGAAACCCAGACAAAUAUAGGUUCAACCCUAGAGCGCUCCUCAGCGACAUUUUGCAAGUGUUCAUAAAUCUCAGUGACCGAGAUGAAUUCGUCAAGGCAGUCGCCAAUGAUGGGCGAAGCUAUAGCAAAGAGCUAUUUGAAUCAGCUCAAGCAACUGCGCUUCGGCGUAGUUUGAAAGUGGAGGCAGAAAUACAGAUAUUGAGGAGUUUUGUUGAACGGGUGGAAGCGGCGAAGGCCACCAUGGAAGCGGAAGAGGAACUAGGUGAUGUACCAGACGAGUUCCUUGAUCCCUUAAUGUAUACUGUUAUGCGGGAUCCUGUCAUUCUUCCGUCUUCCCGUACGAUUGUCGACCGAUCGACAAUUAAAUCCCAUCUGCUAUCAGAUUCCAAAGAUCCCUUCAAUCGGGUAGCACUUAGUAUCGAAGACGUUGAACCUGAUACGGCGUUGAAAGCAAGGAUAGAUGCUUUCUUGGCGGAAAGAAGGAAGAAAACGGGCAUCAGUUCGCAUCCAGAAGGUGCUGAUGACAUGCAAGUAGAAUGAUCGCGUGCUGCUCCAUUGUAUGAUAGGUGUACAUUGAAGAGAGCCUCGUAUGGCAUACAUUGUACUAUAAUAUCAAAUUUAGCAGUUGACCCUAAGCCGUC